UUGACGCUUGUUUGUGUUUGUUGACAGUUAACAGUUCGUUACGCAGAUUUGUUUUUAAUUACCAAGUUAACAGUUCACUUUCAUGAUUUAUAAAUGCCCCGUACAUUAAGAAGUGCUAAUAGAAAGACCAAAACAACCCGAUGCAGUUGUUGUGACAACGAUAACAACCGAAGUAAGGAAAGUUCUCAUCGCUUGUCAAAUAGGAAAAACGCUGUCCCGAGGAACUCACUAAAAGCUGCUCCCAAUGAAGAAAAGAAGAAAAGCCACGCUGAAACUAUCAUCAUCAAUGAAAAAAACAAAAAAGUACUUGAAGGAGUCAAAAAUAACAAGAUAAUUAAAUCUGGAGGACGAAAACAAAAUGGUCAAACAAAAAGUUCUGCCCAAGUAACUAGAGGAAAAGAGAAUAAAAUUGGGCGAAGUAAGCCGGUAACAGUUACAAAAGUUUCUAAAGCGCCUGCAAACGUUAGCCAAGAUUCUAUUUCAAGAAAAAAAAUUACAUCCAGAAAACCGUUGGCACAAACUGGCAGUAGUUUAAACACAGUUGAAUCUAAAACAAAAUCAAAGAAGACUGGAAUUAAAUCUUUGACCGACAAGAAACUGAAAGGAUGUACGGUAAUAUUAAAACAAGUUACAAUGGAAGAUUUUAAACAUAUUCAUGCAAAUGGUGAAAAACAGAUCAAAAAUGGACACAAAACAGUUACAAAAAAUUUAAAACCUUCCAAUAAUGCGAAAACGUCGCCAAAAACACAUCCUCAAACCUCCGUGCCAUCAAGAAAACUAAGAUCAAGAAAACCAAUUGAGUAUGCUGACAGCAGUUUAGAAGCAACAACAUGUGACAAAAAAGUAAAUGUAAAAGUACCCAUUUAUAAACAAAACGUUGACGAUAAAAACCCCACCAAAAGAAAAGGUGAUCAGUAUGAGUUUGACUCAGACACUGAAAAACACAAAAAAGGGAAAAGACGAAAAUUGGAUGAUUCAAGCUCAGAUCCGUUUAAUAAAACAUUCCAAGAAAUUCUUAAAAAUAUUGCUGAAAAAAGUAUGAAAAAGAAAAAGAAAGUUAUUUUUUCGGACGCAAAUAAAAAGAAAAAAGCGACAAAACAAAAGUUACACAAUAAUCGCACAAUUAGUAACAAUAAUCAGUUAAAGUCUAAAACUGAUAGGGUUGUUAAUCAAGAAAAGACAAAAGGGACUUUAACGAAAUUAACAAGUCCCAAAAAUUUUGCAAUUAAGUUUGCAAAUAAACAACAAGUCAGUAAUACAAAUUUAACAUCGACUCCAAAAAUAAACGUUAAUUUGUCAAACAAAAAUAAAAAAGGGGUUCUCAAUGUUGAAGAUUUAUCCCAAGAAAAGGACUUGUUAAAUUUAUCUAAUGCAACAAUUGACAGUGACAGUGAGGACGAAUAUUUUGUAGUAGAUACAAAUGAAAGUGCUGCAUCUCCAAAAGUUCAAAUUCUUAGUAAUAUUCAGUUGAAGCCAAGAAAAGAAUUAAACUUAAGUAUAGCCAGUCCAAAAUUGUUCAAGGACGGCCAACCAAACGCUAACAGCACUUUGUUGAAUAACGUACUGACUCCAUGGCGGUUCAAUGACAUCAAUAUUAAACGCAAUCCACAUUUUAUUGCCAUUAAACCCUCGUCGUUGCCAUAUUUAAAUCAAGAAAUGGUGUUAGAUCAUAGCAUUGUUGAUAAAUUAAAUGACACUUCAAAAAUUGAAGUAGAAAAUGUACAAGAAAACAGAAGAAAUAACACUAAAUCGCUAUUGCAAACCACACUUAAUGAUUAUCUUAAAUGUAACAAUGAAAACAAGGAAAACGAGGAAAAUACAAAAGUCAGUCUGUUUGAUAAUGAUCAGUUCAGUCCUAUUAAAAAUGACAAGAGAAUUUCUCAUAAACAGUAUACUGGGAAACGCAGGAUAUUGGGUGAAAUAAACGAAAAUUUGAUGGAGCAACCAAGAUCAGUACAAAGUUUAGAAGAAUCUACAAACUUUCGCAAGAUUGAUGAAGAUGACGCAUACUUUGGUUUUGAUUCUGUUGAAGAGGAAGAUGAAGAAAACGUACCCAUUUUAAAAAAAGAUGAUAAACCCUUCAGAGUAUCUAUAAACUUACAUGACAAAAAAUAUCAACGUAAAAAGAAAUUCAAUAUUAAAAAAAGGAAUAGCACUAUUGAAAGUGAUAAAGAGAGUAGCGCUAGUGACGACAGUGACACUGAAAGUGACAAAGGACAACUUAAAUUAUUUGAAGACUUCAAUGAUACUCAAGAACAGUUUGAGCAACAGCAAGUUAAAACUGGAAUUGUGAAUAAAUUACGUAACAAUAAGGAUUUGCCAAAUCAGAAGAAACGGAAAGAUGUUAGAAGCAAGGAAGAAGAAGAACAAGCUGAACAGUGGGCAGCAGCUUUUAACUCAAUGUGUGAAGAAAUUGAACAAUUCCCACUUGAAAUUGAGUGAUUCCACUGUACCUCAUUUUAUUUGUAUUUUUAUAUUUAUCUUUUUAAUUUUUUUAGUUAUACGCCAUAUUUUUAACAACCGCAAAAUUUUUUAUAUUUAUUAUAUUAUUUAUGAAGAAUCCUAGACUAUUUGUCGUGUUGUUCUAUAUUUUAGUAACAAAAUUAUGUGUGAAGAAUCUUGUAUGACGCUUUUUCUAUUUAAGUGUAGAACCAAUAUUAGGUGAAAUUAAUUGUUCUUAAGCAGAAAACGAUGAAGUGGUAGAACUAAUAUUGCAAGUGGCUACCUGUCAUAAUCCGUUCACGAUCUUUAUGUAGUAGGGUUGGCCAUGAAAAUCUAGUGAGUUUGUUGGUAUUCGAUGCAGAAGAAUAAAAAUCCCCUGAACUUUUUUCGUUA